AUGGAAGACCUUUGGACAUUUUUCAAGUCAAAAACAGGAACUGACAUCGAUUUAAGCAUCAACGAUGGAGUUAUUUAUAUACUUUCCCGUGCAAUACAGCUCAAUAUGCAGCCAAUUAUCAUAAGAUACUUGAAUGACCCUGAAUAUCACCAAAAAAACGUUUUAGCGUCACUUUUUUCCACAUUAGCCAUGCAUAUAUCUGUUGCAUAUUCUGUUCUUAACUCUCUUUUGUUUGUUUUACCCGAUGACUUUGAUUUUGAAAAUUUUAUUCCUUUUCCACGCGUGCAAGUCAACAUUUCGACUGCUAAAAGCGAUUUAUGUCGGGAUAUAUUGAUUUUCUUGAGUCAUCUCCUUGAAAGAGCUCCUUUUCUCGCUCAUACUUUUUUUAUCAAAGACGGAUUAGUCUUUAAUGUCAUUGAUUUCAUGUCGUAUGCACAGUUCAGCAUACAAGAAGCUGCUUGCGCGUUGAUGUCGAGGUUAAUUCAAGUUUCUGAUCCUUCAUUUUUCGAAAAUCUCGAUCAAAUGAAGAUAAUCAGCGAUUUGAUUAAUGUUUUGGAUGAAAACAGACAAGAUCUGACUGAAUUCAUACUUGUUUCUAUUUCUAUACUGUUUUUCAGGCUGCCAAUUGAGUUAUUAAGAGAAAAUUUGGAUGUUGACAUUCUUUUGUCACUUUAUGAUGCUGAUUUAUCAGAGAAAUCGUUAUUGAUACUUAAAGACAUCCUAACUGCGCUUAAUCCUUAA